CAAGUAAAUUUGAAAGUUAAGGAACAGCACCAUGUCUCCCUUCACCGUGUUCGUGCUCUGCCUCCAGCUCUGCCUGAUUCAGUCCGUGUUGACCCAGAAGUGCUGCGGUUCGGGUAAAAACUCCUACAGCUCCGGCAGUAGCUGCGGCUCGUACGGCGGGGAGGGCUGCGGACAGGUGGGCGCGGCCGGCAACAUCGACGCGUGCGGCAAAACCUGCGUCGAGGGCUCCGUGCCCGUGCUCGGCUCCGUCUGCUUCGGCGGCUGCGCGCCCGCCUGCGGCUCCGUCUCCAUCUGCGGAAAAUGCUGCGGAUGCGGAUGCAAAUAAAUUACCCA